AUAAAAAUAAGUACUUUGUUCAUUCUGUGUAAAAAAUGACUUAAUUUAAUAAUAGAAAAAUUCAAUAAAACCUUAAAGGUAAUAUUUUGGCUAAAAAAGUAUCAGCAAACACUGCACGCAAUACCGCUAUCUGUUAUCGAUUUACACAAGGAUGCAUAAGAUAAUUAGGUUUUAUGCAAAGUUUUAUUUUUUACUGGCACCUCACAGUCUACUACUGAUGAAAAAAACUUCCAUGAUGACACAAGGCACCGCUUAUUAUGUAUUCAUAGACAGCGCUUCAUUCGAAGCAAUCAUUAUGAAUAUUGGAAAGAACAAAAAAUACGCUUGUAGAUCUUAAAAAAAAAUAAAUAACAUUUUCUGAGAAUAUUAAAAGGUAGCAAAUUACUACCUUCUAGUAAGCUACAUUUUAUUUUACCGUCGCACUAGCCUCUGCGCCAAUCUAAAAAUAAAGUACACUAGUCAUGAAGAGCACUCCAAUAGAAACACAUCGCACAUUUUUGGACAAAAGUAUCAAAGUACUACGAUAUUGCGGUAUUUUGAAGUUCGACUCAGCAGCGCCCAAGUAUCAAAAAAUUUACAACUCGACAAUAAGGAUUUUUAAUUAUAUUGUUAUUGUUUUUUAUUUUUUUACCCUUGUUACCGAUGCUGUUGUUAAUUACAAAGACUUGAUGACAGUUGCCGAUGAUGGUUGUUUUAUUGCUGGCUGGAUAGUCACUUACUUUAAGAUAUACAAAUUUUAUACUCAUCGGCACAAAAUUGGAAAACUCAUUGAUGACAUCCAUGAUCCAGUUGAUGCGCUUCGGCAAUCUUGUGAUUUAGGUGUAUUAACAACAAUGAAGACCUACAUGUUUUUCGACGCACUAGACUUUUAUUUAUUUUCAAAUUGUGCUGUCACGUUGGGAGCCGCUUUGGUAAUACUAGUACCCCGAGAAAAAGGUAAAUUACCGGUACGUGCAAUAUUCCCCUUCGAUAUUACAAAAUCACCUAUGUACGAAUUAGCAUUAUUCAUACAGUUAUACACACUUAUAUUCGGUCUUAUCAGUGUCGCUAUGGAAGAAUUUAUAAGUUUAGGAUUUUUGCGAUGGACCACUUUGCAGCUCAAAGUUCUCUCCGCCAAUUACAGAAACUGCGACAGUUAUUCGUCAAAGCUUUCAGACCUUUAUCUAUCACAAGACACCUACAAAGCCAUCCAAAAAUUCAAAAUACUAGACGCGUUGGAUGAGGACACGGAGAUAACCACUUUCGUUGAAUUUGACCGAAGAAAAUUUGGAAAAAUAAUUGACUCGUUCAAAUGGAGGUUCAAAUCUUGCGUUAAACAUCAUCAGAGGAUAACCCACAUCAUUGAUGAUCUAAAUGACGUUUUUGACUCGUGCUUAAUUGUCCAGUUUGCGGUCAGUUUGUUCCUAAUUUGUCUAAACGGAUUUUUGAUCGUAAUGUGCGCGGACGAUAGGAAAAAACUUAUAAGUGCUUUUACGUAUUUGGCUGUUGGAUUUUUGCAACUGCUUUAUUGGUGCGGAUUUGGGAACGAGCUUUCUUUUCAAGCGAACUCUUUGACAGCAAGUCAAUGGAUGUCGGGCUGGGAAAAUUGGUUCGAAAUUGGUAUGAAAGAUCUUGUGACAACUGCAAUGAUUAGAACAAUGCAGCCAUUGGAAAUGAGAGCUGGUGGAAUUUUUGUCUUGUCAAUGGACACAUUCAUCAAUAUUCUGAAAAGCUCGUACUCGGUGUUUGUUCUGAUGACCACAGUUACGAGCGAUGGAAAAUAUUCUAUUAAAACACAUCGCACACACUGGAAUACUGUUUUUGGAAUUGUCAGAUUUAUCGGCGUUUGGACUUACGAAAAAUCUUACCCAGUGUAUUUACGCUUAUUUAAUUCAUCGAUAAGGAUAUUCAGUGCGUCAAUCGUGACAAUAUAUUUUAGCACAAUACUUGCGGAUUUGAUUGUUAAUUACAAAAAUUUGAAUGUUUUAUCCGACGAUGGAUGUUUUCUGUGUGGCGUGUACGUCAUAUUAUUCAAAGCUUUUAAGUACCAUCGGUUUCAGAAUAGAAUAAACAGACUUUACGACGAAAUUCAUGAACCGAUCGAUCUGUUUCGGCAAUCUUGUGACCCGGGAGUAUUGAUAACAAUAAAAAAAGCAAUGCUUUUGGAGAAUCUCGACUUCUACAUGUUUUCCUCAUUCGCCAUGACCCUCGGACUGUCAACAACAUUUUUUGUGCCUCGUAAAAAGGGGGAAUUGCCAGUCCGCGCAUUGUUUCCGUUCGACACCAAAACGUCACCAAUGCACGAAAUUGCCUUUUUUAUUCAAAUAUACUCGAUAGCCUUUGCACUGACAAACGUCGUCACGCUUGAAUUCAUAGGACUUGGAUUCAUUCGUUGGACUACGGUGCAGCUGAUAAUCCUUACUUGGAACUACAAAAAUUGCCGAACUGACGUCUGCAAACGCGACACCUUCGAUCCUCUGCCGGACACGAUCAACAUGAUCAACAAUUUCGGGAUCACCAAACUGAAUAACCAGCCAGUAGUAAAGAAAUUUGUGCCGCUUGACACAAAUCCGGACUAUGAUGGUUCAGAGGAUUGCUACUUGUGGCGGUUUCAAAUUUGCAUCAAACAUCAUCAGAAGCUCACAUGGAUUGUCAAAGAAUUGAACAGCGUGUUUAGUUCAAGCAUGAUGACGCAACUUGCUACCAGUGCGACCAUGAUUUGUUUGGCUGGUUUUCAAGCAGUGUUGGGCUCGAAUGAUAAAUCAAGUUUCAUGAAAUUUACCGUAUACCUUGGAGCUACAUUCACCCAAUUAUUGUACUGGUGCUGGUUCAGUAAUCAACUUCUCUAUCAAGCGAUUUCACUGACAACCGGCAUAUGGAUGUCGGGUUGGGAGCACCAAUUUCCAUUGAAUGUAAAAAAUUUACUCACUAUUUCCAUGCUAAGAACAUUGAAGCCACUGCAGUUAAAAGCUGGUAACUUCUUUACUCUGUCGUUAGAGACGUUUGUAUCGAUUUUGAAGAGCUCAUACUCUUUUUUUGCUCUACUAUCAUCUACAACUCAGCAAAAUUUACCGCAGAUUGAAUAGAAGAUAUUUUAAAAAAUAGUAAUAUCAUUGUUUAUCUUAAAUAGAAUAUGUUGAAGGAAAAAAUUAUUAUAUUUCAUUUGUUGAACAUUGAAAUAAUAAAUUUAUUUUGCAAUCUUACUAUUUUUAGCCGA